AUGGCAAACAAGUAUGAAGGAUGUCCAGUGGGAAUAGACCUUGGCACAACAUAUUCUUGCGUUGGUUUGUGGCGUCAUGAACACAAACACAAUAGGUUUCACAUUAUUCACAAUGAUCAAGACAACUUAAUUACCGUUUUUGAUGCUAAGAGGGUAAUUGGUAGAAGGUUUAGUGAUUCUGAUAUUCAAGAUGAUAUGAAGUUGCCAUUCAAGGUCAUUGCUAAGGCUAAAUCCACUGAGAUUAAAAAAAUUAAAAAAACAAUUGAAGAAGGUAAGAAGUUCAAGUUGGAAGAUAAGAAAUUUUUAAGGAAGGCCAUAGUAAUGGAUGCAUUAGAUUUAAGUGUUUACGGUAUGAAGAUUGCAUUAAAGAAGGGUGUUAAUUUAAAGCUGACCGAUCAAGAACGCGAGGACAUCAACAAUGCAAUGAGUGUGGCCAAGAAUUUGCUUGAUAAGAAUAACCAACAGAAGAAAGAUAUUGAUUUUCUUGAGGGUCAUCUGAAGAAGAUGGAGAACAUGUUGGAACUCAUUAAUGCCAAAACCAGCCGUAAGAAGAAGAUUAAGAUGCCUCGAAGGCUCUUGUGCUAA